AUGGCUGAAGCUCAAGUCUUGCCUCCUCGUCAAGGCGAGCAGCAGCAAGGUGGCGGUGGUAGUGGUUUCAGCUUCAACAAACUUCUCCUCGGCGGUGCCAUCUACUUUGGCAUCAAUGCGGCCCUCAACUUGGCCUUGAAAAAGGAUCAACGAGGAGUGACAGUCACCAAUCCCGAGACUGGUGAAGCCGUCACAGUCCCUGGGAAUGUCGAGGGUAUCCCUCCUUUCCAACUUCGCCCGAAGGAACUCAACGAGGGUGCAACAUACCGCAAUAUUCCAAAGAACAUUGCGCCCAUCUGGCCUCAGGAUAGCCACGUCGAUAUCAUCGUAACGCUCUCCCAGUCGUUCAACCCAGCGCCUAUCUCGCAAGUUCCCGACGAAUAUCUCGUUUUGCAAGAGAAGGAGUUCCAUCUUAGCAAUAAGUCCGAUAAGCGAACGAUUGAGACCAAGUUCACGGUUCCUCCAGCUGUCCAGCAUAAUGGUACCCUCUGGGGCCAUUUCUACAUUGGCCUUCCUGGAAGUAAUCUCGAUCCUAAGCAGCCCGGAUAUGAUACGUCCAAAGCCUACUACUUCACUUGGCCUCUAACACAAUACCUUCCCAAGAAGAAGGUUGCGAAGACACGAAACUUGCUCGAGGAUAUCCCCAAGCAUGAGGAGGAACCGGAAGAGGAGGAACCCACUGGACCUAUUAUUGCGAACUACUAUCAUCCUAAUGCAAGCUUGUCCUUCGUCCCUGACCUGGGUGUCAAGGAUUUCGCCAUGAUGGCUCCUCAGAUGCGACAAUACUUGCGCCUUGAGGCUACUGGUGCUCGAGACGGCUCUGGUCAACACGCCUGGUACUACCCUGUUCUGUUCGUCAACACUUUUUGGCAAUUGACAAACCAGAUGACUCUCCUCAACGACACCGUCAAGGAACUUCCCCUGCGUAUCGAUCUUGGUAACCUGGCCAGCUGGCAGUUCCAGCUCAUGUCUACGCUUGAGACCAACUCCAAGGAGUCUGCUCGACAGGCAGCAUUUGGUGGCUCGCUCCCUGGUGGCGGCGACGGCACCGAGAUCGAGAUGAUCAAGGAGGUAUUCCUUGACUCUAACCCAAUCUUGCUCGGCGUCACCAUUGUAGUCAGUAUCUUGCACAUGAUUCUCGAGACUCUCGCGUUCGGGUCCGAUAUUGCCCACUACCGCAAGAAGAAGGACAACGUUGGUAUCUCAGUUCGUUCGAUCCUGGCCAAUGUUUUCAUGCAAACUGUCAUCUUCCUGUACCUCCUCGACAACUCUCAGAACACUAGCUGGAUGAUUCUAGGAUCUCAGGUCGUUGGUAUCGUCAUUGAGUUCUGGAAGAUCACCACUGUUGUCAACGUUCGCAUUCGUCCUGGUGGAGCAGGAUCUUUCCUCCCUUACACUAUCGCAUUCGAGGACAAGCAAAAGUUGACCGAGACUGAAGAGAAGACUAAGGAGUACGAUGAGAUUGCUUUCAAGUACAUGUACAUUGCUGGCAUUCCUCUGCUGAUCGCAUAUGGCAUUUACUCUCUCUAUUAUGACUCCCACAAGUCUUGGUAUUCCUACAUCAUCACUACUUUGGUGGGAUCUGUCUACGCUUACGGCUUCUUGAUGAUGGUUCCCUCACUGUACAUCAACUACCGGCUGAAGAGUGUCGCCCAUAUGCCUGCCAAGGCCAUGAUGUACAAGUUUCUCAAUACCUUCAUCGACGAUCUGUUUGCCUUUACCAUCAAGAUGCCUUUCUUGCACCGUUUGGCCACUCUUCGCGACGAUGUUAUCUUCUUCGUGUAUCUUUACCAACGAUGGGCUUACCGUAUCGAUUACAGCCGAGUCAACGAGUUUGGCCAGGGUGGAGAGGACGAGGCUAUUGACGACAAAGAGGCUAAGGAGAAGGCCAAGGACGAACUGGUCGAGGAUGUCAAGGCCGAAGCCAAGACCAGUAGCGCGGAUACUGGCAAGGCCAAGAAGCGGAAGUGA